AUGGAUACCAGCGCGCAGAACGAGAAAUUGCAGAAUGGCGCUGAUACUGCGUCCAACAUGACCGACACUCCCGGCGCGACUGUUGAGAGCAUUGAGAACGCGCAGUUCUCCAUUGAUCCUAAAGCAGAGGCUCGGCUGCGUCGAAAGAUUGACUGGAUGAUCGUUCCGACCGUUUGUCUACUCUAUCUCUUCUGCUUCAUUGACCGCGCAAACAUCGGAAACGCCCGUCUCGCAGGCCUAGAAGAAGAUCUCGGUCUCACGGGCAACGACUACAACCUCGUCCUAUCAGUAUUUUACAUCAGCUACAUCGUCUUUGAGAUCCCCGCCAACCUUUUGUGCAAAUACAUGGGUCCCGGAUGGUUCAUCCCCUUGACAUCGUUAGGUUUUGGUCUGUGCUCUAUUUUUACAGCGUUUGUGUCAAAUGUCCAUCAGAUUUGUGGUGUGAGAUUUGUGCUGGGGAUUUUUGAGGCGGGUAUGUUACCUGGUAUUGCGUAUUAUAUGUCGCGAUGGUAUAGACGAUCAGAACUCACCUUUCGGCUGUCGCUGUAUAUCGUCAUGGCGCCGCUGGCGGGUGCGUUUGGCGGUCUUUUGGCAUCGGCGAUUUUGAAGCUCCCUAACUUUGGACGCUUCACCAGCUGGGAGAUGAUCUUUGCCAUCGAAGGUAUCAUCACCGUCGGCCUGUCCAUCAUCUCAUUCGUCACUCUCACCGACCGUCCCCAAUCAGCCGCCUGGCUCACCGAAGAAGAAAAAGCCCUCGCCCUCAACCGCAUCAAGGCCGAGCGUCUCGGCACAACCGAAGUCCUCGACAAGAUCGACACCGCCAAGAUCAUCGCCGGCAUCCGCAGCCCCCUCACGCUCUCGACAUCCAUCAUCUUCCUCCUCGACAACAUCACCGUCCAAGGCCUCGCCUUCUUCCUGCCCACCAUCGUACGAACGAUUUACCCCGAGCGAACAACUAUUUCCCAACAGCUCUUCACUGUGCCGCCAUAUGUCGUCGGUGCUUUUUUCACGGUGCUUAUUCCGGGAAUCAGCUACAAGUUAGAUAGGAGGCAGAUCUUUAUUAUUCUUUGUGCGCCGAUGGUUAUGGUGGGUUAUGCGAUCUUUUUGGGGACGACGAAUGGGCAUGCGAGAUAUGGUGCUACGUUCCUCGUUGCUAGUUCGGCUUUUGCACUGGGGCCUUUGACGAAUUCUCAUAUCAGCGCCAAUGUUCUCAGCGACACAGCGCGCAGUGCAGCCAUCGGAACAAACGUCAUGUUCGGUAACAUCGGUGGUCUCAUCUCCACCUGGUCUUUCGUCAAGAGUGACGCGCCCAACUAUCCCAUCGGCAAUGGGUUAAAUUUGGCUACCUCGAGCACGAUUCUUGUUCUUGGUGCCGCAACUCUCUGGUGGAUCAAGCGCGAUAACCGGAAGCGGGCUAGUCGACCGGCUGAAGCUGAAUUGGCUGGUCUGUCGCAGCAGGAGAUUCAGGACCUUGAUUGGAAGAACCCUAACUUCCGAUGGAUUGCUUGA